AUUUCGCCCGCCCUAAUUAUGUCAGUUUCGCUUCGAACAUCAACAGUCUGAGGUCCUCCUGAAACCAAAAGUAAUCUUCUACAGUUACCCUACCUCAAACGAGGAGCGUUCUCGUCAUAACAACAAGUUUAUCCUCAUCUGCCUCUUCACAGGCACAAGCAAAAUUCAAGAAAUUGAAAACAAGGAGGGAAAAUAAACAAAAUCAUGUCUACUAGCCACGAACUCUAUAGCUCCGCCCGGCGACCCCCAGCACCGAGCGGUGUCCGGGUUCGAGGCACGUCGAACACAGCGUCGGCACGAGGAUCUUCGUCCUGCAAGCGGCCAAACAGCUACGACAACAGCGGCAGUGUGCGGCCUGCAUCUUCUGUGUCGGCUCGAAAACUGCAAACCGAAGCGUCCCUUAUUGCGUCGGUGAAGAUGAAAUCCGUGUUGCCCCCCGCUGGAAAUAACGCUAGCUACAUCGCGCAGAAGAACCAUAGAGUUGCUGGCGCUGGUCCGCGCGUCAAUGACGACAGGACCAGCGAUAAACAUAACCAUCAAUCGGAAUUCUUGCCGCUUGCACAUGCUCCUAGUGAAACAAAUGUCGUUGCGGUUGUCGCACCUGUGGUUACUGUGCCCAAACCGAAUCCAACGGUUGUUAGCAAGACGGCGCAAUUAUACCAGGAUGCCGAUCAAACCUCGACCUGGAACACGGAAUUGCAGAAUCUCUUACGGGAGAACGCGCAUCUGCACGCGGAGUUGCGGAACGCCAGUACGCGAUUGGAAAAACUGGAGAAAAGUAGUGAAACGAAGACACUGACUACGGCGGUGUCGCAAACGGACAUUACCCACCGGGAAGAACUUGGUGGCAUCGACAGCGACCGGGCGUUGAAAUCUGCAUUGCAGGAGCUACAGGGCCUGCAUGAACAGUCGGAAGUUGAAAAGAAACUCUUCGUAUUGAUGGCUAUUGGUGCUUUUCCUUCGUGAAUAGCAUGUUGCUGUUCGGUGUUGUUGUUCAUGCCUUUGUACUUCUUCUACCUCCACAUAGUACGCAUAAAUUGUUUACAUGUGCUUCCAUUUUCCCAAAUACCACAACUACAGGACCGCGAACGAAAAGCGCUCGAAUCCAAGCUCCGCCAAGUCGCGGAACACCACGCCGCGGUGGAGACGAAGUUACGAGAGGCGGAAACGAAACAGAAAGCGUCCCACGUCAACCACAAGUUCGAACUGCAACACGUCCAGCAACACGCCGAACGGAAAAUCGAGGCUGCGGCGCUAACCCUGAAAGCAGGUUUCGACACGCAGGUCAAGCGGAUGCACGGCCGCUCGAUGCAGCAGCAAAAGCAGUUCGCGAAAACGGCCUUCAAGGCCUGGCGUUCCGUCGGGAAGAAACGAGAGAAGAACGGCUUCACCAUCGAAAAGUGGUCGGAGCGGCUCCGCGGGAUAGCGACCUGCAGUGGAACCUUCCACGCGUGGAGCUCCGUCGCCGCGAAGAGGCGGCAGCGGAAACAGCAGGUGGAAAUGGCGGAAAAGUUGCAAAUGAAGAAUUUCUUGAAGAGCGCGCGCGCAGUCGGCGGCGGUUUUGUUGGAGGUACAACUACUGUGACCUGCAACUUCUCGCGAAAGUCCAACGCGUUCGUUCUCUGGAAGGAAGCGUCGGAGCGUGUGUCGAAGCGCAACUCCCACUUGAAGCACCUGCUCUUCUCGCAGAAAAAACUGUCAAAGAAUUCGCAGAAAGGCGUCUUCAGUGCCUGGAAAUCGCUAGUGAAGAAUCACAAGCAGCAACGGAAUCUGCGGUCGGAAGUUUUGCAGAACAAAGAGACGCUUCUACUCUCUCAAGCAUUUUCGAAAUGGGCGAAGAAGGCAAGUCGGAACAAAGCAGUGACAAAACUGCAGAAGCUUCAAGGAAAAGUCACGACAAGAUCGAAUAAUGAACUCUUCCUCGCAAGUACAUUCCAACUUUGGCGCAUGCAAACAACCUCGGAUCAGCAAAAAAUAGAGAAUUGUGCUUUCCAGGCGGGCGUCGUGCAGCAAAAGAUGAACCGUGUUGCCAUCCUCGAGCACCACUUCGGCAAAACCGAACUUCAUCACAUUUUCGCAAAUUGGAAGAGUCACGUGCAGAGCGUAAAUACCAACCGCAAAGCGCACUUCCAGCAAGUGGAGAAAGUUAAAAGGUUGAACUCUGCACUUCUGCGACAACAUUGCUUCGAUGAGUGGAAAAAUCUGCAGCGAGUCUAUCAAAUGCAAAAAUGUCUGGGUCUGGAAGGUUGCAACUUGUGAUGCGUGUUUCGGAUCCUACAAAGAUCUGUGAUGCAGACGUGCAAAAAGUGCCCACUUCCGGCCAUGCUGACAGGGCAUUUCUCAUGCAGAAUACGCAUCAUCAAGGAGCUGCAGAACCUGUCAUGCACAUGCUAGGCCCUGCAUAAUUCCAGACGUGGGGGAGCUUGAAAAAACUGCAUGACAAAUCUCGGAUUCUCCCAGACCCAGACAUUUUUGCAUUUGAUAGAGUCAAACUUUCCGCAAAAACCGCUCGACUCACCGCUGUCGACUUCGUCUGCAAAAAGCAACUGCAAGACCUUCAAAACGACGAGGGAAGACAAAUAUCUUCAGCGAAAAAUGCAGCGACCGCCACUGCGAUCCACCUGUUUCUCGCCUGGCGAGUUACGUCUUUAGAGCAGAAGUUGCAGACUUCCGCCACCUACCGUUCCACUAUCCUGGACCCGAUGCUGGAGAAGUGCAGCAGCAAGCAACUCCGCAACCGCAGACAUGAGCAAUUAGACGUUCUUAUCCUGAGUAAAAACGUACGCACCCCAUAGUUGUGAUGCAGAUUUGCGAUUACAGGAACAUUUGUAAUGCGCAUCUCCGUGAGAGGCAUUUACAGUCGUGUUUUGGAAUCUGUAAUGCUGUAAACAGGAUGAGAAAGUGGCUUUCUCAUGCGGCUUCCCUUGCUAACCAGCACUGCGCUGCAGAUGGAGACUUGUCAUGCACAACUCCCAAACCUUGAAGAUUUGCGUUGCAGAUUUCCCAACUUGACUAUGGGGUGGGGACGUUUUUACUCAGGAUAGUUCUCCAGCGUUUGUGCUUCCUCGCCUGGAAAUUGGACGUCAACGAGGAGAAGCGGAUGCGGAGGGAUUUGGCGGGCCGGUCCCGUGUCGCAAACCUCUGCGCUUUGCGCUCCAGCAGGCGGGUGCUGUCCCGCGUGUUCACCAAUUGGCACUGCAGUGUGGAAUAUGGAUUGCAAAAAUGUCUGGGUCUCGAAGGUUGCCAGAUUUGUCAUGCAGGUUUUCCAUGACCCAUGAGGUCUCGGUCUGGCAUGUAGGACAUAGCAUGACAGACUCUGUGAGACCUUUCUAAUGCCUAUCCUGCACGAGAAACUGCCUCUCGACUAGAUCAAAAGCGCGCAACUUUUGGCAAUCAUGCAACACAGUUUUUUGCCUCAUGCAGAUUUAGCAUGACAAGUUGCAAUCAUCCAGACCCAAACAUUUUUGCACUUGAUAUGGAAAACCAGCUGUACCAGCGGAAGGCCGAUAAGGAAUUGGAAAAGCACUUCCAGAAGGCCGCUUUUGCGAUCGCGAAAGGGGCGCUCGCGGUUGGUGGAGGCGCAGACCCAGAACAACUGCAGGAAACCUCCUUUGCCACGACCACCGCAGCGAGCAACUGGGGAGCCGCCACUACAGCUUCGAAUAGCAGUCAAAGUCUGGCGAGUCCCUCCCGUCUGUCGGAAAUCAAGGCUGCGGCUGGAGAAAAUGGUCUGGUGGAAGAUCCGAGUCUUGCUUCGUCGCAAAGUCUUGUCUACACAACGCCGAUGAAUUCGUUAAACGAACAGACACGCAAGAGCCUCGCAGCAUCCAUGGAUCGGUUUCCGACACUGCUCGCCGACGGUUCGCCGGUGGUUAAUAUCCAGCAGCAACAGCAGUGGAACACGAAAAAGCACUUUGAACAAAGCAAACACAAUCAGCAGACACGUACCGUUGAAAACGCAGCACCUGUUCAUCCAGCGUUUCCGAAACAGCUCCAAACGUCGAGAAUCGUCGAGAAAAAACCGACCACGACCAUGGAUCAGUUGUGCAACCACGUGCGGCACAUGUUCGGCCAGGUGCUGGUCGUCCGGCAGCAACGGAGUUGGUGCGGAGUGGUCUUGCGCGAGUGGCGGCAACAAGUGACCAAGCAAACCGUUCUGCGGAAGGCAGCAGUUGUCAAGGCGGAGGCGCAAAUUGAAAACCAUUCCACCACUUUGCAGCACUCCGUCAUCCGCAUCUGGGCGCGCGAAACGCUGCUGAACCGUUGCGAGCGUGCCGCGGAAAUGGUGAAAAGGUCUAAGGGAAAUGCAAUGACCGCGGCCGCGUCCGCAAUGGCGGCGUCCCAUGCAAAAGCCAUGCUGGAGUUCUGUUUCCGCCUGUGGUCCAACCUUCUCGCGGAGAAAAAGCGAAUAGUGGCUUUGGAAAAGCAAUCUACUGCGUUCGAAAAGUUGCAGAAGCUGACCGGCACCUCGACUUUGUUUUCCGACAACAAUCCGAAGCAAAAAAUGCUGAAACUCUUCAAGGGAUGGAACACUGCUCUACUCCAGCGAAAGCAGCAGAGUCUGUUAAAGGACCGACUGGCCGCCCUCGCGAGGAUGCACGUCUCGACGUAUGAGAAGCUUUCCGCGGAGGAACGCAGUGACGCGUAUUUACUCUCUACCCUGUUUCACACCUGGUCUCGGGAAACGGUCAUCGGAAAAUUAACCGCCGCGCACAAGCUUCAGCUCCAGCAGUCUUCGGAUUCGAAGAAGGCGAGCGAAGCGGCGCACGCGGCCAAGUUGCUGAAGUUCUUCGUGCCGGCGGAGGAUAAAGCCGGCAGAACCACCGAUCUUCUCCUUUUCUUCACCAACUGGAAGGAACAGACCAAAACCGAGAUUGUCGCGAACCUGAAGCGCGACCAACAAAAGCUCUGGCCCCGGGCGCUAAAGUCGUUUGAAACGCUGAAGCUGCAGCACGCGUCGGCGCUGGUUACGGACUGCUUCGCGACUUGGAAAGAGGAAACGUGCGACAAAAAACGGAAAGACGAACAGUUGGCGCUGACUUUGAAGGCCCGGGAAGCGGGGUUGGCCAGGUUGCGGUGGUGGUUCGGGGAUCAGUACAUGCUCAGGACGGCGUUUUUGUCCUGGACGGAAGCAGUUUUGGCGGAAAAGCAGCAAAAGUUCAAGAACCGGCUGACAAACCUCGGGGUGAGCAAGUUGCGGACGGUGUUCUCCACUAGUGAGGAUCAGUUGCUACGUGACUGCUUUACUAGCUGGUUUGUGACCACGAAGGAAGAAAUUCAAGUCGUGCAAAUGAACUUGUUGAAAGACUCGCUGAAUGAAAACCGGACAAACCACGCAGUGCAGAAGUUGAAACAACUUUUCUUCCAGCACUCCGACAAACGACAGUUACUCCAAGCUGUACUUCUCAACUGGAAGGAAGUGGUCGACGCGGAAAUCGCCACACGUCACGUCGAAUCGCUGCAGACCAAAGUGAAAACGGUUGCGCAGGAGGCGGCUUUUGCGAAGUUGAAAAACACGUUUGGCCGGCUGUCGCUCCUGUGCUCCACUGCAACGGAUGGGGACAAGAAGUGCGCCUUGCAGUUGUUUUUCGACACCUGGGCGGAAAAGGCGAACGAAUCGAGGAAAAACGCCAGCAAACUCGCAACCGUGUUUGCCCUGGUCGCUGCGCAAAACGACCAUGCGGUUUUGUUGCACUUCUUCAAAUCUUGGACCUGCUCGGUGAGUGCCAAUCCGCUGAAGGUCGCGCGCGCGGAGAAGCGGAAGGGCGAUUUGCAGAAGAAGGAAAUCUCGUUUUCAACUUGGUUGACCUGUAGUUUGCACACCCGGCUAGAGAAAGCGAAGAAAACAAUGACGGAGAACUUACUGACGCGUCAGGAGAACAACCCGAGUAGUCGUUCAUUGGUCAAGAAAGCGGUUUUGCUGGCUUGGGGCUCGGUCCUGAAAGAGCAGAAAGUGGAGAAGUUGCGGUUUCUCGCAAAGGAGUCUGCUGCGGCAUUUUUUGUUCGGGGGAAAAACAGAGAUGAACAAUCCUGCAAAGUCGAAGUCUUACAACUCUGGAAAGAAUUUGCUGUAGAAAAGAAGCACAAGCAGCAGCUGGACACCGCUUUCCAGGCGCACUUGAAGGAAAAGUCCGCCUUGCUGCAGAAACAGUGGGUCAUUGUCGAAAGCGCCGCUUUGAACUGGGUCUUCCUUCGUUGGCGGCACGCGACGUUGUUGCAGAAAAUGCAGAAAAGUGACAACUGCCAUUCCCACGAAGCGAAGCAUUUGGAAACGAGCGCCAACCGCUUGGCGAACACUUUACUCGAGUUUCAGGUGGCGCACGACAAGAGCGAGACGGUGGUGAGUAAGUUGUCCUGGAAAGUCUUUUCACUUCACAAAUGCCUUCGGGUCUUCGAUGCGUGGAAACUGGCAAGUUCGUCGAGCAAAACCGAGAAAAAGCAGAAGCAGUUAAAAAGCACCACUGCUGUUUUGAAAACAAAGUACCGCCAAACCGUCUUGAAGCUGCAGUGUUUCCACGCGUGGGUAGCACUCGCAACAGCGGAUAAGCAGAAAAACAACAAAGAACAAAUGCUGACCCGCUUGAAUAAUCUGGGUGAAACCACCGCGGAGAAAAAGUUGAUGUCCACCAUCUUCCACUCCUGGAAAACGAACGCGACGAGGAAAAAAGCGGUACAUCUCCAUUUCCAGAACCUAACGACCACACGUUCCGACCAGCUGGUACAAACCUUCUUUGCCGCCUGGCUCAACACCACUCUGCAAACCAACCUUCACCACCUGCAGCGGCACACAAUCCGGUCGCGGAAGAGCAUCCAGCGGAUCGGGAUGGCGCUCACCGCCGGAGUGGAAGCUUUGAUUUGCCGACAAGUGCUGCGGAACUGGUGGACGCGAAGUUGUGUGCGGGGGAAGAUGAUCAAGCAACAAGUCGCCGGAAAGGUAGAACGAGAAAACGUUUUGCUUUUGUCACAGACGCUCCGUGGUUGGAAAGACAUGAUGGUGCACAGGAAAUCGGAGGAGAAGUUGACCCGGUCGAAAAUGGAGAAGUGCGAAGCGGUCGAAAAAGCUUGUAGCUUAGCCGAGCGGGAAAGAAACACUGCUGUUUUAAGUGAAUGCUUCUUCGCUGUAAAAGUCUACGCGAAAAACCGCCGAAAGAUUUUUUUCCUCGUCGACGAGUUGCGGCAGCAAGCAAACGCGACUCUGUUGCAACAGGCGGUUUCUUCUUGGCGAAAUGCCGUGUCUGGUACGCGUUUGCGGAGGAAAAUAUCGCAGCAGCACCACCACUUCGCUGGACAGGAUGACGCUGUCUACUCGCAUUCUCUCGUCGCAGCCUGGCGUGCGGUGACUGCUUCUGCCAAGCACUGUCGCGCGAGUGUUGGACAAACUGUCAGUAAGAAAACCGACCAACUGGUCAAAUCCUCCGUUUUCCUCGCCUGGCAUGGGCAAACUCUUCAUCGCAAAUCCUUGCAUACCGCGCAACUCAACUUCGUCUCCAAGCUGCAGAAAGUGAAGCACCAGCUCCACCUGCUCCAGCAAGAGAACCUCCGGCAGGACCUUUUCCAAAACUGGGCCCGUGUCAUGCGCAUCCGUCGCACGCUGCGUCUGCGUCGCGACGAGAGGCGGCAGACCCGGAUCACGGCGCUGUUCAUGCUGUGGCGCUCCCGAGCGCGGGCGCAAAAAGCGGAGCGCCAGUGGAAAGUCGCGUCCGGAGGCGCGUUCCCAGCGGGGGAAUACGGGUGUGGCAGUGGUGCUGAUGAUCCGUUACUGUCUUCGUCGGCAAGCAGUAGUUCUUGUUUUGAUCUCCAAAUCUAA